CCACCCAAAAUCCCAGUCGAAUCACCCAAAUCUCCUAAACUCAAUGGACAUUGAGCAUGGCAAGAAGCCCUCCACAGAUGCUUCAGAACCCUGCAUAGUCCAGCAAGUGAAGCACAAGCUCACCGGCCUGCAUCCGACCCUGCUGCGAGCAUCGGCCCUCUUGGCGUCGACGGUGGCGGCUGUGGUCAUGGGGCUCAACAAGCAGUCCUACACCGCAGUGGUGGCAAUUGUGGGCACCAAGCCACUCAAACAAACCUUCACUGCGCAGUUCAAGGAUACUCCUGCAUUUGUGUACUUCGUCAUAGCCAAUGCUAUUGCCAGUCUGUAUAACCUAGUGGUAGUUCUGGCUGUGAGGCGCCUUGUGCAGGGAAGGGUCCAGCGUUUGGUACUACUGGUGCACAUGACUGACAUGGUCAUCAUGGUUCUAUUGGCCACCGGUGCCGCAACAGCGGCCUCGAUGGCCGAGUUAGGAAAGAACGGCAACCUGCAUGCGCAUUGGAACCCGCUAUGCAACAAGUUCGGUUCCUUCUGCGCCCGUGGAGGCGUGUCGAUCGUGUCCUCGUUCGUCGGCGUCGCGCUCAUGCUGGCCAUAAACCUGCUCUACGCCGCAGCCAACUCUCCCCAUGGCGCCGUCGUUGCAGGAGGCCAAUGAGCAGUCCUCAUCUCAUACAGCCCAAAAGUACAGUGCUAAUGUCAUGUCAUGUGAAAUGGCAGUCAGCCAAUCUGGUGCAUGUGGGAGCUGCCGUGAUAUUUGCUUAAUAUGGCAUUAAGCUGUAUCACCUUGCCUGGCCUGAAAAUGUGCAGGCACAUAAAACCCAGUUGGUUAUGGGGGAUCUUAAUUGGAUCAGCUCUUACAUAGAUAAAGUGGUUGCGCCAUUAAACCCUACCACUUUGUGGUUGCAAAUUAGUACUUACAACUGUCCCAGCAUUUGGAUGCAUUUCCUCAAUGGAUGAUACGUUGCAUCAAUUUGGAUGUAUGUCUGGUGAGGCCUGGUCUUUCAAUGCUGUUUGUACCUGUUGUACUGCAUGUAGCUUUUGUUUUUAUUACCUGAACAGUGAAGUUGUUUGGGAUUGCUUGGGAUGAUUCAUCCAGCACCAGCCUUGCUUAUGCGCUCAAUGAGGAAAAAAUUCAGAGUUGGUCAGUUGA